GCAGACCUGACAGUCGACAAUCGUGUCUACUCAACACAAUGUGCUGCACCUCAUCAGCUCAAUCAGCUCGCUCGAACACGCAUUCGGCCGCCGCCGCCCGCACGACGCCGCAAAUCACUGUGCCCUCUGCGUAUCGUGACGGCCAAUGCAGCCACUGCAGCUGGCGAGGAAGCCAUGCACCGACCUGCGUCUUCUACAACCCGACAACAGCUACUCGCAGUGCCUGAUCUGCAUCUUAAUACAUUCCAUUGGUCAAGGCUGGCAUCCAAUGCCCUCCGAGUAUGUCGCUCGGCUUUCCUCUUUUCAUGUUUAUCAUUGACAUACUUCGAGACCAAAGGCGUCGAUUUUGUUCCUGUUCCUGUUGCCCUUCGUUUCACCCAUGUCUAGCAUUGUAUCACCAUCGAACUGCUACCUCUAGCACAGUAUUCUGUAGUCACUAAUGCCAAGAAAAAACGGAGCAUGCGUCUACCCCAUUCCAAUCUAAGGGGAGGUCGACCCAUUUUCAUCGAUCCGUCAAUAAACG